AUGGCGGUUUUCGACUACCUGAAACUCCAUAUAACAUCAGAGAAGUUCAUUAUUGAACCAAUUGUUGGAACCACUCGUAAAGAGGAUCUGCUGGUUAUUGAUCGAGUAACUCAGGAUAUCAGUUUACAAGCUAAUGAGGACCAGAUUCCGGCAUCUGCCAUAACUAAAACUAUCUAUGGCAUUGUGGGCAUCAUCAAAUUAGUGGCGGGACCCUACUUGAUUGUGAUCACCCAGCGAAAGAAAGUGGGCGAGAUUUCUGGACAUAUAAUAUGGAGCAUUGCAAAAACGGAAGUUAUCAGCUACAAGCGGUCACUCACACACUUGACAGAGAGACAGACAGCAAUCAACAAGAGUUAUCUUUCCUUGUUGGACAUCAUCCUUACUAUGGAGAACUUCUACUAUUCUGCAACAUACGACAUCACCCACACCAUGCAACGACUGUACAACACCAGCCCAGAUUUUCAUUCCAUGGCUUUACAUGAAAGGGCCGACCAAAGAUUUAUAUGGAACUCUCAUGUGCUGAGGGAGCUGUCGCAGCAACCAGACCUGGCCAGGUUCUGCCUGCCCAUCCUUCUAGGCUUCAUUAGUAUUAAUAAUACAGAGGUGAACAACCACAGAAUUGACUACAUUCUUGUAUCACGCCGCUGUAUCUUCCGGGCAGGAACCCGGUUUAAUGUCAGGGGGGUGGAUCUACAGGGCCAGGUGGCCAACUUUGUUGAAACCGAGCAAAUUGUGCAGUUUGAGGGCAAUUCUUGUUCAUUUGUACAGACGAGAGGUUCAAUACCAAUAUUCUGGUCUCAGAAAGCAAAUCUAAAACGUCUUCCAGCUCCUGUUGUGAUGGACAUUGACCAUCUGUCGGCAUUCCAGAAACAUCUAGAUCAUCAGAUUUUUCUCUACGGGGAUCAAGUGAUUAUAAACCUGGUUAAUCAACAUGGCUCAGAACAAGUUCUGGAGAAGAAGCUGGCCCAGGUGGUGACAACAGCACAGAACAGCCAUGUCAGAUACGAACCCUUUGACUUUCACAAGGAAUGCAGCAGGAUGCGAUGGGACAGGCUGAGCAUUCUCCUGGAUAGAAUUGCACGGGAUAGGAAACUUUUUGGGUAUUUCAUGCAGCAGAAAGGUGGCCAGGUGGUCAGUUCCCAGACUGGAGUAUUUCGAACCAACUGUGUGGACUGUUUGGACAGAACGAAUGUUGUGCAGUCUCUGAUUGCCAGGGAGGUUCUGUUUGACCAGUUUGUGAGAUUAGGAAUUCUAACAUCUCAGCACAAGUUGAAAGAUGAGACACAGUUUGAAUCUGUUUUCAAAAAUGUCUGGGCAGACAAUGCUGAUGUUUUAUCAAAAGAAUAUGCUGGAACUGGAGCUCUGAAGACAGACUUUACUAGGACAGGACGACGAACAGUUUCUGGUGCCUUACAAGAUGGCGUCAAUUCAGUGUUCCGAUACUUUAGGAACAACUUUCAGGAUGGAAACCGACAGGAUGCCAUAGAUUUGUUCCUAGGCAAUUACAUUGUGGAGGAAAACGAAGGUCUUACAGUCAAGUCACCUCUAGAGUCAGACAGAGACUGGAAAUACUAUGCUGUUCCGGUGAUCCUGGUGGUUGCCCUGUCAAUGUUCAUGGUCAGCGUCUUGUUGCCAGAUGAGCAUCUGAGUGAACAGAUGAUGUACGUUCUCUUCUGGGGAGUGGCCACCAUCCUGUCUCUGGCGACCAUCUUCAUGUACGGGAUCAUCUUUGUGGAUCAGCCCCGACUUGACGGCAAUAAAAUCAAGACAGAAUAG